AUGGGAGAUCCUCAACGAAAUCCCGCUACAGAUGCUCACGGCAUCUUUGGCAUCCCAAAAGCCAUGUGCAAGACUUACAAAUUUGUCACCAAAUGGAAUUCUGAUAACAAGAGUAGUCCAAACAAAUCCGCCGCUGAGGAACACAAGUUUGAAGAAAAAUUUUCUGCUUACAUGCAGGCGCAAGUAGAGGACAACACAAUGCAUAGGGUUUUUCAUUCAAAAAGCAUAGACGAUAGCUUACUUUCACGCCAACCAUCGCUUGGAAAAUGCGCAAGUAGAAGGAGCCACACGCCUUCACCAAGAUCAUCCUCCUACUCCAACAUGACUGCCAAUAUGAGUAGGGGGAGCGAAACCCCUCAAAGAAGUUCUCUUUCAAGAUCUAACACUAGAAAGUUCACAUCAGAAUCUGAAACUAGAAGUAGCGGCACAUCAGACGCCAGUCAGAAUCCGAGUAUGUCAAGAAAUGCAAGCCGGCGAAGCCCUAUAAUAUUCUCUCAAACCACUGCUGCUAGGAGGAAACCUCCACCGAUUGAGAGAAAACUUUCUUGCACUCUGGAACAAUUGUGUCUUGGAGGUGCCAAGAAAAUCAUGAUCAAAAGAGAAAUCGUCUUGGAUAAUGGGAAUGUUAUGCAAGAAGAAGAGUCAUUGACGAUAAAACUUAAGCCAGGAUGGAAAAAGGGAACGAAGAUUACAUUUGAAGGAAAGGGGGAUCAGAAACCAGGGUAUCAUCCAGCUGAUAUAAUUUUCCAAAUCGAGGAAAAAAGACACCCAUUGUUCAGAAGGGAAGGAGACGAUUUAGAGAUAGCAGUGGAGAUUCCUUUGGUUCAGGCUCUCACUGGAUGCUCUCUUUCUGUCCCUGUUUUAGGAGGGAAGUCAAUCGAUUUGACACUUGAUGAUAUCAUAUGUCCAGGCUUUGAAUUGGUUAUUCCAGGCCACGGUAUGCCGAAUCCCAAAGAAAAAGGAAAGAGAGGUGAUUUACGAAUUAGAUUUUUUGUGGAAUUUCCGGUCGAUUUGACCGAAGAACAACGUUAUGAAGCUUCUAAGAUCUUGGAAGAUUGUUCUUGAUCGAUCACUCAAGUAAUUUGGUUUUUUAACGUAUUUAC